AAAACACAGAUCAAAACAAAAAGGCUCACAACAAAAAUUGUGUAAGAUCGUGAAAUUUCCCGAUUUUCGACUGCGGAAAAUUGCUUUUUCCUGGCAUUGAAAUAAUUUAAAAAUGUCACAAAUCUCUAUAAGUCGAACGUUACCCUGCUUGUUUCACUUGAGAAGCAUUCUAUCCCGACAUCGAACGAUUCGAUCCAUCAGCACAACUAGUGGACCGCUCCGAAAAGCACAAGCUGUUCCCAAAUCGGACGAUCACGAGGUUAAGGAUGAGCCAAUCAAAUAUUUCAACAGUGCGGCAUCCCGGUGGAAGGCAGAGCAAACCCGGAGCGGACAGGUUGAUAUGGAUAUGCCCUGGUUCCAACCGUACGUAGUCAAUCUGAGUGUGGUCGUUUUCCUGCUAUAUUUUUGCGUUUUCCGCGAAGAGAACGAUAUCGAUCGUGGGUUGGAAAGUUCUCUGUAUGAUCAUAUCCCUGGACUGGAGCAGAAACAGUUGUUGGUGAACUAUAACUAUAACAAGGAAAAUGGACUGUCCACAGUCGAAAUAGAAGAAAGGAUGAAAGAGUUGGGAAUGGAAUAUUGAAAGGGAGAAUUAUUUUCACAUAAAGUUGCUAGUGAAUAAA